CCCACCAACCCCCACUGCACGCAUCGAUUUUCCAUCGACUACCACUACUAUUCCACCACCCUACUCUCCUCUGCAGGACCAAAGCACUGACUCGUGCCCCCCUCCUCCUCCCUUCUUCCCCUCCUCGACCUCUCCUCCUUUCCCUCUCCCCCCUCUUCCCUCUCUCGCAGCUUCCUUCGACUUCAAACAGCACAACAACUUACCUUGCUCGAUUUCAAAACAGCCAGCCCUCGCCUCUCGCCGCUCUUCCCUCCUCUCGUCGUCUGGCUUCCACCACACACCUCUCUUAUCGCAACCUCGUAUAUUGGCCAAUACAUUCGUCUCGCAAACAGCUCGCCCACUAUCGACAGAGGGGCCAGCUUGCGCGCGAUUCGUCUUAACGCACCACUCUCUCAACGCUUCCCCAUUUCCUCCCACUGCAUUGAUUUGAUUACAACCAGCUACUACUACGACGCCACCAAAUAACUACCACCCAACAUGUCGCUUUACAUCACCAUCGUCCCCGCCGUCGGUCAGCAGCAGCAGUGAAAGAUUCCACACACACACCACGUCCCUCACCGCUCUCUCUCUCUCGACGCCGGGCGACUACAUCCUCGGUCCUGUUUGUUUCUGUGUACGCCCCCCCUCGAAUUCCAACCUGAAGUCUAGCAAACUGUCCACGCCUAUAGCCGCCACCCAGCAUUGACGUCGCUCCCAAAGUCUCUCUCGUGGCUCUUUGGCUUUAUUGCAACGGACACUGCUAUACGCAUCACCCGCCUUCAGUUGGGGCCCAUCACUCUUCGUCUCUCUGGUUCUCCUGCUUCCUCGCUAUCGGUCAAAUCGUCGGUGUAUCAAGCCCCGUCGUAGCCCUCCACCCAUCCACACACUACCCACACCACCCACCACACACCGCCCCCCAAACUCGCCUUCCUCCGCCGCCCUCUUCCGCCAAUCACCCCGUUUCCGCCCUCUUCCAGCCAAACCUUGUUUGCACCACCAGUUGUCCAUCGUCGUCGCCAUCGUCCACAACAUUGAGCUGUGAACAAGCAUUCAUCCCAUCGAUACCACCACUGGUCGUGUGCAUUGCCUCGCGCGCUCGUGCAUUGUUUGUCUCAAAGGGCUGUAACUACCACUCGGGGUUUGUCAGAUUGUCGCCAUCGGGCAUCGUCGUCGUCCAACAUCAGGAAACGCCACCCAACCGCCAGGAACCUUAACCCAGUCGGAUUAAUCCCAUUUAGGUUUUCGCCACCCACCCAAGCAUCCGGGCAAUUAGUAAAUCUGACGAUUGGGCUUACCCAUCCAUCCACACCACCAAACCACGCCUCCCCCCGCUCGUUUACUCGUCGUCGUCGUCGACCCAAUUGCUGUUCAGUGAUACGACGACACACGCGCACCCCACCCACAAGUUCGUCGUCAUCGAUCUCCGAGCAUCAUUGGUUUGCCACCCACCCAGACCCACGCUGCUAGCCCCUACAUCUUUGUGCAUCAAAGUGUCAACUCGCAUUGCCGCCCGCCACCCACUGCACAUUCUCUUCCACCCAACCACCACCACCGCUUGGAUUCACUCAACCCUGUUGAUCAAGUGACAUCGAGUAAAGGAGCCAAGAAAACGGUCGUCAACUCAAUCAUAGCCAUACCGACGCCCGCACUUCUUCGCCGACCUCCCCUUCCACCCGACUCUCCCUUUCUCAUACCAUGUCUCGUACGGCGACGGCAACCCCGCCGCCGCCUCUGUUCCAUCAAAAGAACGCCACUCCGUCGGCUCGUCAUGUCUCCAAGGGCAAUGGCUCCCAACUGCCAGUUCCUGGCUUUCAGCGCCACUUCAAGAAGCAGUCCAAGCUGUCGCACUCGGCCGUGCCUCCAACAUCGUCGAGCAGCAGCGCCACUGCAAUGGACCCUCCACCACUGAACCCUGCGACCAAUGCGGCGGCGGUGGCGCCUGCUGGUGGCAAGGUUCCAAUGUCGGCCAGUGACAUGCUCGGCAUGGGCACUCCGCGCCAGCGCUCGCCUGACCCCAUGGCCAUGUCGCGCACGGGCUCCAUCAGCUGGUCGUUUGACGACUCGGCUUCGGCGGUCCCCUCAAUGUCCACGAGCAGCUCGGCCAGCAGUGACUCUUGCUCGGCUUCCUUGACCACGCCGGAGACUACGCCCUCAUCGUCCAUCUACGGUGACCAUGCCGAAAUUGUUUCGGGCAGCACGACAAGUUUUCCGAACGUGCCUAUUGCCACACCUUCGCCCAGAUCCUGGGUUAAUGGGUUUGGUAAGAUGGCCCGUGCGGCCAUCAGCCCGUUUAGCCGUCGCCGUGAGGGCGAGAGCCCCAGACUGCCCUCGUCCCCAGCGCAGCCCAUCUCGCCCUCUCCGGGCCUAGUCGGCAUGUCCCCGUACAUUGCCCCGUCCCCCCAGUCGUUCUCGCCCAUGUCUACCCCGGCCUCGCCCAUGGCGUUCACGAUUACCCCUGCGCCAGAGGUCGCUCAGAUGAGUGAGACGACGCCCUUGCCACUCCACGCGCUGCCCCCGGCUGUUGCCGUGCCUAGCAACAUGCCUCCGGCCAUUACCCCCGGAUCUCCCGAGAUCGACAACCCGGUGGAGGCUUUGCGUCGUGCCGAGUGGGCCGAGCUCCAGCAGAAGCGCGUGACUGAAUUUGCUCGCCUCUGCUCGCAGUGGCCCCAGUCUGGCUACAACUUGGGCAAGUGGGGCCCCAACGGCUGCCCGAGCAACUAUGUCCCUCAGUCGUGGGCCAACCCCAGGCAGGUCGUCCGCACCAUGCAGCGUCAGGCCGAGCUCGAACGCAAGCUUUGUGACGACGACAGCACGUUCUUUGCUUCGGCGCCGACGUCUACCCGCAGCUCGUCGACCGACGAGUCUGUCCCGAGCACCUACUCUUUCGUCUCCACGUCGCAGACGUCCCUCGCCACCUCGGUUUCCGCCGGCACAAUCAACGAGCAGCAAGACAAUGGUGCAGCUCUCUGCGCAGCUGUUUGGCAGGCCACGAGCAGCAAGGCCGAGUACAGAGUUGAGCGUCGCUCCUCUGUCUCGGCUGACGCCUCGUUCAAGGUCCAGACCACUGUUGAGCAGCAGACUGCUGAAGACAUUCGUGUCGCCAUGUCGUCGCCACUUGUUGACGGUGUGCAGGGCUGGCGCGGUGAGGCGUCCAUCAUCUCGGUCAGCUCGAUGGCGUCGGUCGCGACCUCGAUCGCCACCUCGGCUGCCGAGGACAAGGACGACAGCAAGUGGGGUUCGCUUGCCAACUCGACCAAGUCUCUGAGCGAGCUUGACCAGAUGGCCAACCUUGCGACUACGGAUCGCAUGGACGUUGACGAGCCCGAGCCUCUGUCCUCGAUUCCGUCCGUCCCCGGGUCUCACCCCGAGUCGCUGAGCGUCCCCCCCGUGGCCGUCAUGUCUCGCCCGACGCGUUCAGCUUCGUGUCCUGCGAAGCGUCCCCUGACUUUUGUCGGCGAUGACGACGAGGACAAGCGCCGAAAGGUGGACGAGCCGAUGGCGGUUGACACGCCCGUGCUUACGGAUGAGCCUGCAGCGCUCACUCCCCCUCCUUCGCUUAUGACUGGUUCUGUCCCGAACCUUCUUGUCCACCCUGCGAUCGGUGCCCCCAUGCUCUUUGGCCACGCUGUCAAGACCUCUGCGUCUCACCCCAUAGUGAUCUCCCCCUUCAUCCCGAACGAGAUCAUGGCGACGCUCGGCAACUAUCUCCUCGCUGAUCCCAACCACGACGCGAGCACGCCCCUUCUGCUGGGCUCGGAGCUGGACGUGCCCUCGCUCCUCCUCUCUUGCCCCCCGCCCAACCAGUGCGCCAGUGAGGCGGGCCCUGUUACCAGUGGCCGCGUGUCGCCUACCGGACCAAGGACCUUGAUCUCCUCGUCGAGCCGCCCUCGUGGCUCGGUGCGCCAGCCUACCCAGCUCGGCAACCUCCUUCUCUCCUCGUGCCCGGGCAAGAGGCUGAGAAUGGACGGCCCGGUCAAGGGCCGCGGUCCAGUCUGUCGCGAUCUCGCCACCGACCUUCGUCGCAUCAAGGGCGCCGGCGUGGGCGCUAUCGUCUGUUGCUUGGAUAACGAGGAACUCGAGCUUCUUGGCGUGCCUUGGGACACGUACCGCGAACUCGCGUCUGACAUUGGCCUUGACGUCAUUCGCUUGCCCAUGCCUGAUGGAUUCACCCCCGUCUCGCUGCAGCUCUUUGAUGCGCAGGUGUCGCUCAUUGCCACCAAGUACACUCUCAAGGGCAUCAACGUCCUCGUCCACUGCCGCGGCGGUAUCGGCCGUGCUGGCCUUACUGCAUGCGCCUGGGCGAUCAAAAUGGGCUUUGUUCAGCCCCACCCGACGCUCGCUGCUGCCGCCGAGCAGGCUACAGUCGUCUCUGCUGCAGCGGCUGCAGCCCGCAGCGGCUCCAAGAGCGGCCGCAAGUCUUCGAAGCUCGUGCCCCAGACCCCCUCGGGACCCAACUCCGAGGAGGAGCACUGCGUCGUCAUGUCGGUCGUCGAGCGUGUCAUUGCCAUGAUCCGCUCGCGCCGCGGUCUCAAGGCGAUUGAGACGUAUGAGCAGGUUCAGUUCCUCGCGACGUAUGUCGCGUGGCUCCGUGAGACCACUGCGUAAAGGUCGUCACAUCUGCGCCAUGGUCGCAUUUCCGCGCCUCAUCAAAACUAAACUGGUAUUUCACGACCACCGACCACCACCUACCCGGCUAUUGUUAUCGCGCGCAUUUCCGCAUCCACUUUCAUGGCAUUGAUAACCCAACCCAUCGGCUUUUCUCCAACCCUAAAAAAAUCCACCACAAUACAACCAGCCGCCACGAUAUCCUCACACGUUAUUGUCACGGACUUGCACAACACAUCACCCACGCCAACACAGCACUGCAUGUUUUCAUUCGCCAUGUUUGUUAAAUGUCAUUACGACACCGCGCGUGUUCAACAGCCAGCCGGUUAACCCUUCCCCCCAUCCUCCCAUUGUAACAAAUCCUCCUCGUUGUCUCCGGCUGUCUGGCCUUGUGCUAGGCAGGCCUCGGAAAGAAAGUGAAUAUGAACGUGUUAGAGUAGAGGGUGGGUUGGGGUGGCGCGUGGUGGGAGUGGUGGCGAAGAGUGAGCGAGCUGAUCGGGUGAUGCGGAGCGUGAGCGUGUGAGUAGUGGA